UCUGACUUCAGCUUCAUCUCCUGAAGCGGCUUUAUUCGCGAUGAUGAUGAUUCGAAGCGGAUGAUUCCGAUGCUUCGACUCGGUUCGGUUCGGUUCGAUCGGAUCUUUUGCUUCUGGUCGUGAUGCACCUGGCGGAUUUCCUGGCCGGUUCCGUUGGAGGUGCGUUUGGAGUGGCGGUGGGGUAUCCACUGGACACGGUGAAGGUACUGCGGGGUUUCUACAGAGGCAUGUCGAUGCCCAUCAGCACCGUCUCCAUCAGCUCGUCUCUGGUGUUCGGCACUUACAGGAACAUCCUGCAGUUUCUGCAUCAGCUGCAGCACAGGAGCGCUGGAGAGCCGCAUCACAAAGCACACAUAUUCCUGGCCGGAUUCACUGGAGGAGUCACUCAGGUGUUGGUGAUGGCGCCUGCAGACAUUGUGAAGGUGCGUCUUCAGUGUCAGACGGAGCCUGUUCAGCACAUCAGCCAAGAGUCCAGCAGUAAAUACCGUGGUCCGGUACAAUGUUUACUCCGCAUCGCACGGGACGAGGGUCUGCUGGGGCUCUAUAAGGGGUCUGCUGCUUUAGCGCUGCGCGACGGACCCUCAUUCGCCACUUACUUCCUCACUUACAACACUAUAUGUGAAAUACUGACCACAGAGAACCAGCGGCCAGGUACACACAGCGUGAGGACCGAGGGCUCGGGCGUUCUCUUCAGAGGCCUGACUGUAAACUGUAUUCGUGCCUUCCCCGUCAACAUGUCCGUCUUCGCCAUGUACGAAGCCGUGGUUCGCCUUCUGCGCUGAACACACUCAUCAGAUCUGCUCUUUGUUCAGCAGAUCCUCACACAGUGUUUAUAAAGCGUUCAUAACUGAAGCACACAGGGAAUAUGAGCAUUAAUAUACAGCGCUGAUCAUGAAUGAGUCUCUCAGAGCUCUGCACACAUUCAUAUAUAUGGGGAAAUAUUAGAGUUUUAAUAAACAGGAACCAUCAAGAGAAAUAUUAAAUGUAAGACAUUUAGUAAUUUUUAUAUUGUUUGCAAUAACUUUAAUGUCUGAUCUUUUAUUCCUAAAGACACUCAGUGAUCAGACUCUUAUUUUAAUGAGUAUAACGGUUUAAUAACACUGCUCUGUGAUAACACAUAUAGUCUAUACUGACUGAGAAAUGGAGAAUAUUAAUGUUAGUAAGAGAGUGAACUCAUUUAUGCUGAGCGCUGUAUAUUAGUGUGAUCCUCCAUCAGCUGAGCUGCAUCAGUCACUCUCAAUAUCAUCAUUUUAAUAUCACAGACCUGACUGAAACAGCUCAGAACAUAUAUUAAUAUCUGCGUAUCAAAAUGAAGCUGUUCGGCAUCAGGGUUGGGCCAUCGGGCCAGGAGUUCAGAUUUUUACUUUGGCCCCACCAAAAAAAAUAGGGAAUAGCUGUUUUUAGCUGCAUAUUUUAAAUAAUGUGUCAAAAAUAAAGUCUGUGAAUCUCGAA